AUGAUGCUGACAAGACACUUCUCCAUAUCUGUGGGUCGCUACGGCAUCAACAAGGUUGUCCCACCGGCUGCAGAGGCGUUGAAGGACAUGAAACCAAAGACGACGAUCCUAUGCGAUGGUUUUGGUCUUUGUGGUGUCCCAGACACGCUCGUCAAUGAAGUACUCAACAAGCCUGAUAUCACUGAGCUAACAGCUGUUUCCAACAAUGCCGGAACUGAUGACUUUGGCCUUGGGAAGCUCUUAAAAAGCAGACAAGUGCGCAAGAUGGUCGCAUCAUACAUAGGAGAGAACAAGACGUCCGAGAAGAUGUAUCUUACAGGCGACAUUGAAUUGGAACUUAACCCAAUGGUGCGCUCGCAGAACGCUGUGCCGCUGGUGGAAAAGAAUGGCGAUCUCCCGUUUCGGAACAAGGCCAUUGGUUCUUCUGGCGAUGCUCAAUUCCCAGAUCCCAAAGACGUCAAGGUAUUUGAUGGCAAGCCAUAUCUACUUGAGCGCAAACGAAACGAAGCUGAUCCAGAUUUCAUCAACGCUGGUAAAGAAACAGUCACAUUGAAGCCUGGUGCAUCUGUUUUCAGCAGCAACGAAAGUUACGGCAUGAUCCGUAGUGGUCGUAUCGAUGUUACCAUUCUUGGUGCCAUGCAAGUCAGCGCGACUGGGGACUUGGCCAACUGGAUGCUUCCAGGAAAGGUCAAAGGCUUCGGCGGGGCGAUGGACCUUAUUAGCAACCCGAGCAAGACGAAGGUCAUCAUCACGAUGGAACAUACAGACAAGAAGGGUAACCCCAAGAUCUUGAAACAGUGCUCUUUUCCUCUCACAGGCCGGGCGUGCGUAUCACGCAUAAUUAGGGACUUGGGAGUGUUCGAUGUGGACUUUGCUACGGGUUUGAUGCUGGUAGAGAUUGCUCCUGGCGUCACUGUGGAUGAGGUCAGGGCUAAGACUGAAGCUCCUUUCACUGUUGCUGAGCCAUUGGAGUCGAUGACAGGAGUGUGA